GGAAACUCCUGUCAGGCAGACUCAGCAGGCUGUCAGUUGGCAUCAGAGCACCGCAGAAAGGAGGAGGAACAGUCUCCAAACUUCCAGCGGAACAAAGAGGAGUUUCCUGCUUCAUUGGAGAAACUCCGGCAGCUCAUAGAAGAAGUUCACAUCCUAGAAUCAUCAUCUAUUGUUGAUCAGGGUUUGGUGUGUGAGGAAACGACAGGAAAAGAGGGACUGCUGGGAUUUGCUGUUCUGAGCCAAGAAUUGACCUUUCACCUCCAGCAGCUGCAGAGACAGACAGAGCAAGAGCUCAGCAACAUACGAACACAACUCUUUCAGAUUGAAGGCCGCCAGCAGCUGCUGACCACUGAGCUGUUUGAUCUUCAGAAGAGGAAGAAACAGGCGGAACAAGAGCUGAAGAGAAACUCCUGCCUUCAGACAUCCACACUUCAGUUGUCUGCUUGUCGAGAGCUUCAGGCCUCGAUCACUGAGCAUUUGGUCCAGUCUGAGAGGCUGGUGUUCCAGGAGGAGGCACUGAGCACGCUCCAUAAUUUACUGACCCAAGACUUGCAAAGGUACCAGGAAGAGAUAGAGAAACUGACCCAUUUCACACAGAAAAUACUCGGAAAACCCCACAGGGCAGACAGAGAGGAAACCUUUACCAACAGGCAGAGCGAAACCAGCAUGCAGGGAAAGAACGAGACAGAAAACAACAUGCACACACCUGAGUCGUCUUCCGUACAAUCACCACUUAGUCCUCAGCAGACUACCACCAAAGAAGAGUCACAGCAGUCCAGGAGAGCCAGUUAUAAGAGACCAGUAGGCCUGACUCGCAAUUCAGUGCAACGAGCGGGCAGCAUCAAAGACCUGAUUACUAGGUUCUCAGGUCCGGAUCACCAGGUCUCACCUUCCGGUUCUCCACAGAGCCCUUUUAUGGGAGCUGAAGGAGUCCAAAAGUCGGCUUCGAUGGAGGCUCUGGAGUCUUCAAAGUCAAGUCCAUCCACACCGAUCAGUGCCAGUCAAGAUGGAAGUUCUAUUCCCAGCAUCAAUGUGACUCCACCCUUCAAGGAAACCAUUCAGAAUGGAGUUGGACCAGUUCAGAAAGGUUCCAGAACUACUCAGAUAACAUCAAGAAUCAAUGUUCCACUAGGGGACGGUGCUGAGUCCAGAAGCCAAACAAACACUGGUAGAGACUCAGUGGCUGACUCUGGAAUGGGAUCGGAGUCAGAACUGGAUUCAAACAAGCAGCUGGACAGCCCAUCAGAGGAGGAACCCUCCAUGCCCAAAGCAACGAUAAUCAGCCAGAACCCGAAAUAUCAGCUGUACCUCAACAACGAUCUGAAGACCAACGGGUUGAGUGGCAGAGAUGCAGAUGGUCCAGGAAGCGGCGGAGGAUCAAUCGGGGAGAAUGGCCCCAAGCUUUCCCGAUGGGAGACCACCCGGAUUGGGGCAAACCAUUACAAAGGGUCCCUGGAGUGUUUGGCCUCACGAGAUUGGGACACUAUGUCUGACAGGUCAUUGAAACGUGCCCAGUCCUGGAUGAAUCUCAAAAAACAGAUGGGUGUCGUUGACAGCCCCCCCAGAGUGUUUAACAGUCCAUACUCCCAAGCCACCUCUUUGGAGUACAACCCCCCUUAUCGAAUGUCUGAAAAGGGUAAACUGUCUCCUGCCACCUCUGAGAUGAACCUGUACACCUAUAACAGUCGCAGCACGAGUCCGGUGGGCAUACAGACGCCGACCCUCAUCUCCCCCCGCCCCCGUUUCUCCACCUACGACACUCUGAGGAGGAGGACGGAGGUCAACAACAUGGUGGUGCCCACACACUACAGCAUGCGCUCUUCCACUCUGGGAGCACCCAAUAAAAAAGACUACAUAGCAGAACUGACCAAACAGCUGGACACCAUUCAGAGACGCAACCAGUUCCUGGAGGCAGAGAGUGUGGAGAUGGAGAAGGAGAGGAACCAGAUCAGGUUUGAGAUGCGCGGCCUGCUGGUGAACAAUGAGGACCUGCUGAGAACAAACACACAGCUGAACAACGAGCUGAAGCGGCUGAGGGAGCAGAUGAUAGAGAUGGAGAGAGAGAAUCAGUCCGUGGGGGAGCGGUUCAGAGAGAUGGAGAUUGAGGUGAAGCAAGCCAGAGAGGUGAUGGUGGAGGCCAACACUCAGGAGUACGCCUUCAACUUCCUUGAGCAGUCGCUCAAAAAUAGGAUCCAGGAUGCUGAGGAAAAUCUGGACAAACAGACGCAACACGCUCAGACUCUGGCUGAGAAGUUGUGGCUGGCAGAGAGGCAGCUGGAAGACGUGGAGAGUGACAAAGAAAGCAAAGACAAGAAGCUGUCUGACCUCAGCAACACCAUCCUCAGGCUGGAGACAGAGCUGGGUGAGGCCAUGGCGGCAUCCACUCAGGCUAACGCAGAGAUGAACCUGCAGCAAAAGCUGCGUGAGGAUGCCCAGAUGAGGUUGGACGAGCUGGAGGAGUCCCUGCUGGAGAAGGAGCAGGAAGUGCAGAAACUGCAGAGCCUCGUGACCAAACUGCAGGGAGAGGUCUCUGGUAAGCUGUUCGAUAGAGAGCGUUCACUGGAGGAGGAGAUUCAGCUGAGAGAGAGGCUUCAGCUGCAAUGUAAGCAGGCAGAAAGGACUGUGGACGACCUCACCAUGGAGCUGCACAGCACGAACCAAACCAGAGACGACCUGGCCAAACAGCUCAAACUGGCUCAGGAGAAGAUAAUCGACCUGGAGAGCGAUCUGGAGGAGCUGCAUGACAGCGAGCAGAGAUGGGCCGCCAAGCAAAAGAGAGCCAUCGAUCAGACCGAGCAGCUGCAGCUGAAGCUGAUUCAGGAGAAAGAUUUGAAUGAGCAGCUGGAAGUUGAGAAAGUGUCAAUGGAAAGACAGCUGCGUGAGCUUCGUCUGGAGGUGGAGGAACUGCGGAGCAACAGAGUACAGGAGGAUGUCAUCUCUAAGACGGAGAUCAGAGUCAAGGAACUGGAGAACUUACUGAGGGUUGAGGAGAGGAACAAAGCAACUCUGACAAACACCAUCAGUAAGCUGGAGAGGAAGAUCAAUGAGCUGAGUGAUCAGAUGGAGGAGGAGCACCGGAUAGCUACUGAACAGAAAGACCUGAUGACCCAGAGGAUCCGCUCUCUGAAGCGCCAGCUGAAUGAGGCCGAGGAGGAGGCAAGCAGGAAGGAGGCACAGUACCGGCACACCCAGAGAGAGCUGACUGAGGAGAGGGAGACAACCAGCCGCCUACAGAAGCAGCUGCUUGACCAACACCUGCAGACCAAGCGUAAGGAGACCAUGACAAUCCGUCAGACUCUGGAUAACCUGAGGUUGGACCUGAGUGACGACGAUGAUGAUCUGACACUGGAACGUAGUACAAAUGUCACCAAAGUCUAAAAACCCCCUCACUCUAAAUUCCCUCAGCGGGAAACGUGUAUAACCAAAUGAGAAGAUUUUUUUUUCCUUCCAGGCUUUAUUGUUUGUUUGUUUUUAAACAGGAAAUGUCUACAGGAUAGUCACUCUUUAAUACCAUCAGGAAAAUUACAUUUCUGAAAAUCGGAAAGGACAAAACAAUCCUGCACGUAAAUGCACCACAAGUCCUGUACUUUACUGUGUUAGCUCUGUUGUGCUUUCCCUUUACAUGCUCUCCGUGUGUGCUAAAGUGUGAUUCUCUGCCCACAUUUUAAAUGCUAAUUCAAAGGGUAGUAACUCUUGUUUGUCUUACCUGGGAGUGGCCCAGUGAAAACCAUUUCUCAAGCGUCUCCUAAAAAACUUGUGGACUUGAUCGCCCUCUUCUGUUGAUCGGGAAGAAAUUCAACCGUCUAAAGUGAACGACAGAAUCACCUGGUGGACUUUCUGCCUCCCUGUUCUCCUUAAAGCCACAAUCUGCUCGUUUGCCAAAGAAAAUAAACCUACAGGAGUUUGCUGCAGAGACAUGUUGACACUUAUACUGCAAAAGAUGUAACAUAGGUGACAUCACCCACCUAUCAUUCAGAGCAGUCAAACCCUUGAACAAACUUGCUUUAAAUUAUAAUAAGUUAUGCAAGUUGCAAGUUAUGCAAAAAAAGGUUUUAAACUCAUUUCUGAGGGAAAGCCAGUCCCAAAUGGCCAUUUGAGGAACUGCAGUUGAGGUUGCUGCUUGAUAUCGACCCAUAUUACGGAAAUAUUAUUGUUUAGAGUACUGACAUAAUAGAGAUUUGAUUAAGGUGCUGUGUAGUUUUGAAUCCAGUUGUUCCACCCAACUACUCAAGUCUUUUAGAAUGAGCUUUAAACCAGUAAAUGUUCUAAAUUAUCCAGGUGCACAAAUGUUCUAAAGACUUCUGGUGAUGAUGGGAAAGAGGACUUUUUCAGUUCAGAUCUCAGAAAGCAAAUAAUGAUUCAAAGAAUCAGAGCUCUCCAAUCUCUCAGCUUUUGUAUUAUUUGAUGGCUCUUUAAUGGCAGUUCUUUCCUAAAGAGGGUUUUUUCUACAUUCAUACAUGCAGUAUUUGGAUUUUGACAUAUUAGAAGAAAUAGCAAGAUAAAUCUGGUACAUGUGAGGGAUCUUUAAGUAACUGUGUAAUUCAAAUCAAAGCCCAUUAAGCAAUUAUUUAUAUGAAGUGUGUGUAUGUGUGUGUGUGUAUUAUGUUUGAGAUUUUUUUUUUUUUUUUUUUUUAAAUCAUUUCUUAGUGGGGAAAAGUUUUUAUUUUAUAGGAAAAAAAUACAGGAGGACUUCAGAGUUCAGUUUUGGGUAUUUUGGGGGGUUUGCUGCUGUAUAGACCUAUUGUGCCUCCUGCAUGUUGUACCUGUACAUGAGAUAAGCUUCAAGGCUAAGAUUUAUUUCAAAAAGAGGACAAGACGAAUGAGGCGUUUACUCUGGUCAUUUUUAAACAUGUAAAAAUGUGUCGUAUUGAGGAGGGAACAAAGAUUACGUAUGCAGAAAUGAGUUGGAUUCACAAAAGAAAAUCCUUUUUUCCUAGGAUUACCUCAACUACUUUCUAAUUUAUAUAAAAAGUCAAGAUUCUGUUAUGAGACAGGAAAUCAGAACUUUAACCCAAGUUAAAGUUUUGCACACUAGCUGAAAAAUUACAACAUUCUGAUCUCGUAACUUACCUUUGUAAUUUUAUAGUAAUGCAUUUUUUUCUUUUGUGAAUGCAAUCUUCAUUCAUGUAUGUAUUCUGAUUUUAGUUUAAUAUUCUGCAUAAUUUUAUUUGGAGGAUAGUUGUUUUGUUUAAGAAAACCAAGCAUUCAGACAAAAACAAACUAGAUUGUUGAAUUAAAAUCAAGAGUGGAAUAUUAAGCAUAUUUGACAGUCAUUCUCAGAUAUCGGUAAUAUGCAAAAAGUAGUUUGAAGGAUGUCUGUUAGAAAUAUAUUAAAAGCUAAUAUUCACACAGUUUUAAUUCCCUGCUAUGUUUACAUUUUUUAUGUUUUUAGCUUGUUUGGAAAGAGGCGUUUAAAUCGCAAGUUUUGUCUAGGUUGCUGUAUCUCAGCUAUAAUAACUACACUACUGCAUUUUUUUUUUCCUCGUAGCAAAAGAAAAUGAGGGUAUCUACAGAAAUGUAAAAAGAAACUAAAUAUGCUGACUUAUUUUUGUAACUAUACUUCACAUGGUUCCACUAUUCUUGGGUAUUUAUUUUUCCACAUUUUCUCUUUUGGUGAGAAGUUUCUUACUACAAGAUAAAAUAAAUUCU